AUGUCUCUCUCCCCUCUGCCACCAUUCCUGCACUGCCUUCAGAUGGAGAGGUAUGUAGGAUGCACAGAAAGCAGUUAAAACCGUAUCGAAAAGAUAUGAAAAGUAAUUGGUGCUAUCACUAUGCCAUGCCCAUGAUGAUGAAGUGUCAUCAGAUUUGUAUUUUCUCCAUAUGUAAGCUAUUGUAAACCCUACACUGAGACAUACAGUAGCACAAACCACACCUUUUUUAAUCAGGAAUCUAUCCCCCUCCUUCGCUCCCUCUCCUCCUCUCCCCCUCUCUACUUCUCCUCCUUCCUCUUCUCCCCUCCCUCUCCUCUCACUCUCGUCCUCCUCUCCCUCCUCCCCCUCUCUCCUCUCUGUCCUCUGUUCUGUCUAGUUCUCCAGCCUGACUAUAGAUGAAACAGGGAACUUGAGUCUGGAGAGUUUCCUCAGGGAGUUUCCCCAGGACAGUUACAGCUGUCCCUCCCACCAGAGCACAGGGUCGAUGUCCAGAAACUUCUGUUACUCCUCCCCUCUCCCGGAACACCGCUACCUGGCCACACCCUCCAGCUGGACCUCUGACCGCCCCCCACGACCCAAGAGCCCCUGGGGCUGCCUAGACCCCUACACCACUGAGGUAAUGUAGCUACGGCCUAAAGCCUAAUUGAUUCCUUGUGCAAGUACACACAAAGACCCAAUUUGCUUCGCAAAAUGGCAGCCCUGUGUAGUUGCGUCGAGCUACAAGUUGCGGGGCUGCACAUAUCUGCAUAUAUUUGCUAUGCAAGUACGCAGAACAGCCAUUUUGUGUAGUUAAUUGUGUUCUUGCGUUGCGUACUUGCGUAAGUUCACAAUUAGGCUUUAUGCACAGGGAGAGAGCCCUAGUAUUAAGAGCCCACAUUGGCUACUGUGCUGAGUUGUUGAUGGAGUUAGAUUUUGCAGGUGAAAAUCCAAAAACCUAGAGCAUGUCAGAUUUCAAGAGUCAAAGGUGAAACGUGAUAUACAGUGUGAAAACAGGCAGCUUUCAGGGCUUUCUCAUGAUGUCAUCAUAACUAUUUACAAUGUCUCUGUUGAUUGAGCUGCAGAUAUUAUAUUUUAUGGAUGCAGGGAGUACAGUAUAUUCUCUUUUAUAUGAGUAGUGAGUUACAGUAUAAUCUGUGUUUUGUCUUGGCUUUAUUGGCUUAUUGGCAUGUGGUUAACCCCUGCAGGACCAGGACAGGGAGUAUGUGGGCUUUGCUACUCUACCCAACCAGGUACACAGGAAGUCAGUGAAGAAGGGAUUUGAGUUCACUCUGAUGGUGGUUGGUGAGGACAAGGGAAGGGCUGUCAGGGAGUCGUAGUUUAUUCAAUCAUGACAAUGUUUCCACUGCUAAGUUAGAAGUAUUUAGCAAGGAUAUGAUCAGGGUUUGAGGCUAAGCAGGGUCUCUCGCUCUCUCUCUACCGCCCUCAUUCUCUUCAUCAUUCUCUCCCUCCCUCCCUCUGUUUCUCUAGGAGAGUCUGGUCUGGGUAAAUCUACACUGGUCAACAGUCUGUUCCUCACAGACCUCUACAAGGACAGGAAGGUGCUGAAUGCAGAGGGUGAGAGAGUGUGAUUUCUCAAUGGGUCCAUUACUGUUACUAUUGUUCUUCUGUAACAUCAAGUUGUAUCCUGUGGAAUGGUUUGUCUCUACUGUACCUACCCAACCCUGAUCUACAAGAUUGCUUUUAUACAACCUCUGAUCUUCUGUGUAUGCGUGCGUGUGUGUGUGUGUGUGUGUGUGCGCAUCUUGUGUGUUGUCCAGAGAGACUGGCUCAGACUGUGGGCAUCACUAAGAACACAGUGUGCAUCGAAGAAAAGGGAGUGAAACUCAAACUCAACAUAGUGGACACACAAGGCUAUGGAGAUACCAUCAACAGUACAGACAGGUAUAUAGGUAUUCACAUGUACAUGUAGAGUCAUAAAGACGCUAAAUAGUAAUAAGCUUAGCCUAGUCUCAAAAUGACAUGGUGUGCUCAUGAAAAAGUCCUCCCCGGAGCCAUUGUGUGUGUCAAGGGAGCUGUACUUACUCACACUUCUGUCCCGUGUGUUUGUGUGUGUGUCCUGCUGUAGCUAUAAGUGUGUGUCAGACUACAUUGACUGUCAGUUUGAGCAGUACCGCAGGGAUGAAAUCGGUCUGGACAGAAAGAACAUCCAGGAUAACAGAGUCCACUGCUGCCUCUACUUCAUCUCUCCCUUCGGACAUGGGUACCAGACUACAUACACACACACACACUCAUACUACACACACUCAACCUAUACAAACGUUACACACUGUGUGUCUGUGUGUGUCGUCAGUCUGCGGCCGUUGGAUGUAGAGUGUAUGAGGGCUCUGCAGGACAAGGUCAACAUCAUCCCUGUUGUGGCCAAAUCUGAUGGUCUCACUUAUGAUGAGGUCAAGAAGAAGAAGAUCAGGGUGAAUAAGAGAGAGUGACAUGAUGUCUCUCACGCUAACUAGGGUCUGGAAAACUAUCACCUUUCCCACCAGUUGUCUAUUUCACUGUGCAGAUAUUUUACCUUUUAUUACAAAUUUCCACACCAAAAUAGAGGCCAGAGGUUUACGUGUCUGCAGCUUAACCCCCUCCCUCUUCCUAUUCCCCUCUGUCUCCCCCCUCUCCCCCUCUCUCUCGCUUCCACUCUCCCUCCCCCUUUCUUGCCUUCUAUCUCCCCUCUCUCCCCACCCUCUCUCUCCCUCUAUCUCUCCCCCCCUUCCCCCUAUCCCGCUCCCCUCUCCCUUGCAUUCUCCCUCCCUUUUUGUCUUUCUACCUCACUCUCCCCCUCCCUCCCCCCUCUCCCUCCCCAAUACAGAUCCUAAGUGAGAUAGAUAAGUACAGGUUAAAAAUCUACCAGUUCCCAGACUGUGACUCUGAUGAGGAUGAGGAGUUCAGGAGGCAGGACAUGGAGCUCAAGGUGAAAACAGACAGACAGACGGAUGAGCUAGACAGACAGCUCCUCUAGAGCUACAGCAGCUAUGUCAGCAAAAUUAUGUUGGGUCCAUUUGAAUUCAAUCACUUUUUGACAGCACCCCCUUUGAUUUGAAGAAAACCUUCCAUACAUAUUUGCCCAUUGUAAAAGUGCUCAGAAAGUGACUUUUUGGACCUGAAUGCCAAAACAUUCAGGAGAUAAAGGUGCUCAAAGUUGGCCCAUUUUGCGUCCCCCACCAUACAAUCCAUGUCUUCAUCAUUGGAAAAGAUAAAUGGUUGAGAUUGAUAUAAUUGAAAAGCUUCCAAACAAGGUUGUAAAACUAUUUUAUAAUUUCUUUAAAAAAUAUAGAGGGAAGUGGAAGGAGGAGAAAGUAAGGGACUUGUCUGUUGGCCCUGCAUUAAAUACCAUAAUUGGUUCAAGAAAAUUGUGAUAAAUAAAAAAGUAUUCCAGUUUAAUUUAAGGAACAAAAAAUUGACAGCCGUCCCAUAUAGAUUGCAAAAUAUAGAUUUUUGACGUACAUAUUCCAUGGCACAGGGUUUAUGAACUGAUAUGCAAAACGACGCCGGAUUCAAAACGUAGAAUUGUUCAAUUUAAAUUAUUAUACAAAAUUCUUGCAACCAAUAGAAUGUUAUUAAUAUAAGGGAUAUAACUUUCCCAGCUGCGAAGAGACUGAAUCAUUAGAUCAUUUGUUUUGGUACUGUCCAUAGGUAGCUUGUUUUUGGUCACAGGUCCAGGAAUGACUAAAUAAUUGCAAUAUUUACCUGGAGCUAACCCUGCAGAUAGCACUACUGGGUGAUCUGAAAAGUCAUAGUCAAUCGACCAAUAAUAUAAUAAUACUUUUAGCAAAAAUGUUUAUUUUCAAUUUACAAUCUGUAGAAACAAUGAAAAUAGAAAGGUUCAGAACUUUUGUGAAACAUCACAGCACAGUUGAAAAAUAUAUGGCAAAUAGAAAUCCAAUAUAGAUGGUGUUAAGAGAUAGAUGGGAGGGGUUGAAUGGAGCUGAAGGUUGGGACUAAUAACAACAAAAUAGCUAAUGUAAAACAUACUGUGUCCAUAAAAUGUAUAUAGUAUGUAUAAGCUGGAAGUAGAGGCCUAAGCGUUGUUGUUCACUAGUUUACUCCAAUUAGGGGAUGGGUGGUAGGGUUAGAAAGUAAUAAAGAAAUUUUUUUUUAUUUUUUUUUUAAAGAUAUGUAUGUACAGUCUUGGUCAAAGGUUUUGAGAAUGACACAAAUAUUAAUUUUCACAAAGUCUGCUGCCUCAGUUUUUAUGAUGGCAAUUUGCAUAUACUCCAGAAUGUUAUGAAGAGUGAUCAGAUUAAUUGCAAAGUCCCUCUUUGCCAUGAAAAUGAACUUAAUCCCCCAAAAAACAUUUCCACUGCAUUUCAGCCCUGCCACAAAAGGACCAGCUGACAUCAUGUCAGUGAUUCUCUCAUAAACACAGGUGAGAGUGUUGACAAGGACAAGGCUGGACAUCACUCUGUCAUGCUGAUUGAGUUAGAAUAACAGACUGGAAGCUUUAAACGGAGGGUGGUGCUUGAAAUCAUUGUUCUUCCUCUGUUAACCAUGGUUACCUGCAAGGAAACACGUGCCGUCAUCAUUGCUUUGCACAAAAAGGGCUUCACAGGCAAGGAUAUUGCUGCUAGUAAGAUUGCACCUAAAUCAACCAUUUAUCGGAUCAUUAACAACUUCAAGGAGAGAGGUUCAAUUGUUGUGAAGAAGGCUUCAGGGCGCCCAAGAAAGUCCAGCAAGCGCCAGGACCGUAACUCCUAAAGUUGAUUCAGCUGCGGGAUCAGGGCACCACCAGUGCAGAGCUUGCUCAGGAAUGGCAGCAGGCAGGUGUGAGUGCAUGUUACCAUAGUAACAUCUGACAAAAAUAUCUUAAAAAACACUGACGCAGGAAACUUUGAAGACCAAUACCUGUGUCAUUCUCAAAACUUUUGACCACGACUGUAAACGUAUUUAUAUGUAUGUAUUUAUAUGUAUACAGUUGAAGUCGGAAGUUUACAUACACCUUAGCCAAAUACAUUUAAACUCAGUUUUUCACAAUUCCUGACAUUUAAUCCUAGUAAAACUUCCCUGUCUUAGGUCAGUUAGGAUCAUCACUUUAUUUUAAGAAUGUGAAAUGUCAGAAUAAUAGUAGAGAGAAUGAUUUAUUUCAGCUUUUAUUUCUUUCAUCACAUUCCCAAUGGGUCAGAAGUUUACAUACACUCAAUUAGUAUUUGGUAGCAUUGCCUUUAAAUUGUGUAACUUGGGUCAAAUGUUUCGGGUAGCAUUCCACAAGCUUCCCACAAUAAGUUGGGUGAAUUUUGUCCCAUUCCUCCUGACAGAGCUGGUGUAACUGAGUCAGGUUUGUAGGCCUCCUUGCUCGGACACAUUUUUUCAGUUCUGCCCACAAAUUUGCUAUAGGACUGAGGUCAGGGCUUUGUGAUGGCCACUCCAAUACCUUGACUUUGUUGUCCUUAAGCUAUUUUGCCACAACUUUGGAAGUAUGCUUAGGAUCAUUGUCCAUUUGGAAGACCCAUUUGCGACCAAGCUUUAACUUCCUGACUGAUGUCUUGAGAUGUUGCUGCAAUAUAUCAACAUAAUUUCCUUCCUCAUGAUGCCAUCUAUUUUGUGAAGUGCACCAGUCCCUCCUGCAGCAAAGCACCCCCACAGCAUGAUGCUGCCGCACGGGGGUGGCAGUCCUAUAUAAAUCCUAUAGAACAUUUGUGGGUAGAACUGAAAAGCGUGUGCGAGCAAGGAGGCCUACAAACCAGACUCAGUUACACCAGCUCUGUCAGGAGGAGUGGGCCAAAAUUCACCCAACUUAUUGUGGAAGGCUACCUGAAACGUUUGACCCAAGUUAAACAAUUUAAAGGCAAUGCUACCAAAUACUAAUUGAGUGUAUGUAAACUUCUGACCCACUGUGAAUGUGAUGAAAGAAAUAAAAGCUGAAAUAAAUCAUUCUCUCUACUAUUAUUCUGACAUUUCACAUUCUUAAAAUAAAGUGGUGAUGCUAACUGACCCAAGACAGGGAAUUGUUACUAGGAUUAAAUGUCAGGAAUUGUGAAAAACUGAGUUUAAAUGUAUUUGGCUAAGGUGUAUGUAAACUUCCGACUUCAACUGUACAUACAUACAGUACCAGUCAAAGUUUGGACACACCUACUCAUUCCAGGGUUUCCUUUAUUUGUACUAUUUUCUACAUUGUAGAAUAACAGUGAAGACAUCAAAACUAUUAAAUAAAUCAUAUGGAAUCAUGUAGUAACCAAAAAAGUGUUGAACAAAUCAAAAUAUUUUUUAUAUUUGAAGUAGCCUUCAAAGUAGCCACCCUUUGCCUUGAUGACAGCUUUGCACACUCUUGGCAUUCUCUCAACCAGCUUCAUGAGGUAGUCACCUGGAAUUCAUUUCAAUUAACAGUUGUGCCUUGUUAAACGUUAAUUUGUGGAAUUUCUUUCCUUAAUGCGUUUGAGCCAAUCAGUUGUGUUGUGAAAAGGUAGUGGUGGUAUACAGAAGAUAGCCCUAUUUGGUAAAAGACCAAGUCCAUAUUAUGGCAAGAACACUCAAAUAAGCAAAGAGAAAUGACAUUCCAUCAUUACUUUAAGACAUGAAGGUCAGUCAAACUGGACAAUUUCAAGAACUUUGAAAGUUUCUUCAAGUGCAGUCGCAAAAACCAUAAAGCGCUAUGAUAAAACUGGCUCUCAUGAGGACCGCCACAGGAAAGGAAGACCCAGAGUUACCUCUGCUGCAGAGGAUAAGUUCAUUAGAGUUACCAGCCUCAGUAAUAGCAGCCCAAAUAAAUGCUUCACAGAGUUCAAGUAACAGACACAUCUCAACAUCACCUGUUCAGAGGAGACUGCGUGAAUCAGGCCUCAUGGUUGAAUUGCUGCAAAGAAACCACUACUAAAGGACACCAAUAAGAAGAGGAGAUUUGCUUGGGCCAAGAAACACGAGCAAUGGACAUUAGACUGGUGGAAAUCUGUCCUUUGGUUUGAUUUUUGGUUCCAACCGCCGCGUCUUUGUGAGAUGCAGAGUAGGUGAACGGAUGAUCUUCGCAUGUGUGGUUCCCACCAUGAAGCAUGGAGGAGGAGUUGUGAUGUGUGGGGGUGCUUUGCUGGUGACAUUGUCUGUGAUUUAUUUAGAAUUCAAGGCAUGGCUACCACAGCAUUCUGCAGCGAUACAGCAUCCCAUCUGGUUUGCGCUUAGUGGGACUAUCAUUUGUUUUUCAACAGGACAAUGACCCAACACACCUCCAGGCUGUGUAAUGGCUAUUUGACUAAGAAGGAGUCCUGCAUCAGAUGACCUGGCCUCCACAAUCAUCCGACCUCAACCCAAUUGAGAUGGUUUGGGAUGAGUUGGACCACAGAGUGAAGGAAAAGCAGCCAACAAGUGCUCAGCAUAUGUGGGAACUCCUUCAAGACUAUUGGAAAAGCAUUCACAGGUGAAGCUGGUUUGAGAGAAUGCCAAAAGUGUGCAAAGCUGUUAUCAAGACAAAGGGUGGCUACUUUGAAGAAUCUCAAAUAUAUUUGGCUUUGUUUAACACUUUUUUGUGUUAUUUCAUAGUUUUGAUGUCUUUACUUUUAUUCUACAAUGUAGAAAAUAGUAAAAAAUAAAGUAAAACCCUUGAAUGAGUAGGUGUGUCCAAACUUUUGACUGGUACUGUGUGUGUAUAUAUAUAUAUAUAUUUAUUUAUUUAUUUAUUUAUUUAUUUAUUUGUAAAAAAAUAUAUAUGGGGGAUUGGAAGUGAUGCAGACAAUUACAUUGAUGGACGCUACAAUCUGUCUGCAAUAUUAAAGCUGAUCUUCCCCCUAAAAAAUAUAUAUAAUAAUAAUAAUAAACCUUCCAUUCAUAUUUGUCCAUUAUAGAAGUGCUCAGAAAGUGACUUUUUGGACCUGAAUGCCAAAACAUUCAAGAGAUAAAGAUGCUCAAAUUGACCCAUUUUGUAUCCCCCACCAUACAAUGAGACAUCCAUGUCUUCAUCAUUGGAAAAGAUAAAUGGUUGAGAUUUAAAUAAUUUAAAAGCUUCCUAACAGGGUUGUCAAACUCUUUUAUAAUUUCUUAAAAACAUAUAUAUGUUUUACCUUUAACGUCAAUUAUCUAAAAACUUGUAAUCUCUGAUUUCUUUCAUAUUCAAAUAUCAAAUCACAUUUUAUUGGUCGCAUACACAUAUUUAGCAGAUGUUAUUGCGGGUGUAGCGAAAUGCUUGUGUUCCUAGUUCCAACACUGCAGUAAUAUCUAACAAUACACAACAAUACACACAUGUAAAAAGUAAAGUAAUGUAAUUAAGAAAUAUUAGGACGAGCAAUGUCAGAGUCCGGAGUGUGUGUGCAUGUAUAUAUUGUUAGGUUCUGAACAAACAGAGUAAAAACUCAAACGGACGACUAGAAAAAGCUCAAACCAAGUUUAUUCAACCCACAGGGUGCUUCAGCUGCAAACACAACAUACAAGUCACAAAAGCACAUAUUUAUACCGACUAGGCAGUCACCUCCUUGUAUGUGUAAGAUAAACAAUCCUUCUCUGUUGUUAGGCAGAAACUCAGUCUGUUCCUCUAACUGGUGUUGUCAUGGCCAUGCCGAAGUCUAGGACCCUCAUCGGCGUGGAAGUGUGUGUAUGGGAUAGGACUGUAGCCAGAUGGUCUUCGGGAUGGACCCCCAUGGCCCCACUCCCAGCAGUAUCUUCUCUCUUCAACUGUUGACUUAAUCUCGAGUUGAGUUCCACAUCCCUCAUUGUCCUAGUUCCUCAGCAACUGGCCUGCCUUUUCAGGAACUUAAACUAGGCUGUUGCUCUUUGCCUCCUUCCUUAGAAAUAUUAAUAUUCAGCAAUAACAUGUUUGAACAGAAUAUGAACUUUCUGCACUUCCCCUUGUCUCACUCAGGAACUUUCCAUACACCAAAUUCCUAUCCACCCUUCAUUGACCCCCAACAUAUACAUUUCUUAUACAUGUAAAGUAAUCAAUAACUUCUAGUAUGGUAAAAUAAAUAAGUAUAUUUCAAGCCAGAAUAUAUGUACAGUGAGGGAAAAAAGUAUUUGAUCCCCUGCUGAUUUUGUACGUUUGCCCACUGACAAAGAUCAGUCUAUAAUUUUAUGUUAUAAAUAGAUUUGCAUUUUAAUGAGGGAAAUAAGUAUUUGACCCCUCUGCAAAACAUGACUUAGUAUUUGGUGGCAAAACCCUUGUUGGCAAUCACAGAGGUCGGACGUUUCUUGUAGUUGGCCACCAGGUUUGCACACAUCUCAGGAGGGAUUUUGUCCCACUCCUCUUUGUAGAUCUUCUCCAAGUCAUUAAGGUUUCGAGGCUGACGUUUGGCAACUCGAACCUUCAGCUCCCUCCACAGAUUUUCUAUGGGAUUAAGGUCUGGAGACUGGCUAGGCCACUCCAGGACCUUAAUGUGCUUCUUCUUGAGCCACUCCUUUGUUGCUUUGGCCGUGUGUUUUGGGUCAUUGUCAUGCUGGAAUACCCAUCCACGACCCAUUUUCAAUGCCCUGGCUGAGAGAAGGAGGUUCUCACCCAAGAUUUGACGGUACAUGGCACCGUCCAUCGUCCCUUUGAUGCGGUGAAGUUGUCCUGUCCCCUUAGCAGAAAAACACCCCCAAAGCAUAAUGUUUCCACCUCCAUGUUUGACGGUGUGGAUGGUGUUCUUGGGGUCAUAGGCAGCAUUCCUCCUCCUCCAAACACGGCAAAUUGAAUUGAUGCCAAAGAGCUCGAUUUUGGUCUCAUCUGACCACAACACUUUCACCCAGUUCUCCUCUGAAUCAUUCAGAUAUUCAUUGGCAAACUUCAGACGGGCCUGUAUAUGUGCUUUCUUGAGCAGGGGGACCUUGCGGGCGCUGCAGGAUUUCAGUCCUUCACGGCGUAGUGUGUUACCAAUUGUUUUCUUGGUGACUAUGGUCCCAGCUGCCUUGAGAUCAUUGACAAGAUCCUCCCGUGUAGUUCUGGGCUGAUUCCUCACCGUUCUCAUGAUCAUUGCAACUCCAUGAGGUGAGAUCUUGCAUGGAGCCCCAGGCCGAGGGAGAUUGACAGUUAUUUUGUGUUUCUUCCAUUUGCGAAUAAUCGCACCAACUGUUGUCACCUUCUCACCAAGCUGCUUGGCGAUGGUCUUGUAGCCCAUUCCAGCCUUGUGUAGGUCUACAAUCUUGUCCCUGACAUCCUUGGAGAGCUCUUUGGUCUUGGCCAUGGUGGAGAGUUUGGAAUCUGAUUGAUUGAUUGCUUCUGUGGACAGGUGUCUUUUAUACAGGUAACAAGCUGAGAUUAGGAGCACUCCCUUUAAGAGUGUGCUCCUAAUCUCAGCUCGUUACCUGUAUAAAAGACACCUGGGAGCCAGAAAUCUUUCUGAUUGAGAGGGGGUCAAAUACUUAUUUCCCUAAAAUGCAAAUCAAUUUAUAACAUUUUUGACAUGCGUUUUUCUGGAUUUUUUUGUUGUUAUUCUGUCUCUCACUGUUCAAAUAAACCUACCAUUACAAUUAUAGACUGAUCAUUUCUUUGUCAGUGGGCAAACGUACAAAAUCAGCAGGGGAUCAAAUACUUUUUUCCCUCACUGUAUAUAUACAUCAGUAUGUGGACACUCCUUCAAAUUAGUGGAUUCGGCUAUUUCAGCCACACCUGUUGCUGCUGACAGGUGUAUAAAAUCGACCACACAACCAUGCAAUCUCCAUAGACAAACAUUGGCAGUAGAAUGGACUUACUGAAGAGCUCAGUGACUUUCAACGUGGCACUGUCAUUGGAUGCCACCAUUCCAACAAGUCAGUUGGUCAAAUUUCUGCCCUGCUAGAGCUGCCCCGGUCAACUGUAAGUGCUGUUAUUGAGAAGUGGAAACAUCUAGGAGCAACAACGGCUCACCCGUGAAGUGGUAGGCCACACAAACUCACAGAACGGGACUGCCGAGUGCUGAAGCGCGUAGCGUGUAAAAAUUGUCUGUCCUCGGUUGUAACACUCGAUACCGAGUUCCAAACUGCCUCUGGAAGCAACGUCAGCAAAAUAACUGUUAGUCAGGAGCUUCAUGAAAUGGGUUUCCAUGGCCGAGCAGCCACACACAAGCCUAAGAUCACCAUGCGCAAUGCCAAGCAUCAGCUGGAGUGGUGUAGCAGUGGAAACGCGUUCUCUGGAGUGAUUAAUCACGCUUCACCAUCUGGCAGUCCAACGGACAAAUCUGGGUUUGGCGGAUGCCAGGAGAACGCUACCUGCCCCAAUGCAUAGUGCCAACUGUAAAGUUUGGUGGAGGAGCAAUAAUGGUCUGGGGCUGUUUCUCAUGGUUCAGGCUCCCUUAGUUCCAGUGAAGGGAAAUCUUAACGCUACAGCAUACAAUGACAUUCUUGACAAUUCUGUGCUGCCAACUUUGUGGCAACAGUUUGGGGAAGGCCCUUUCCUGUUUCAGCAUGACAAUGCCCCCGUGCACAAAGCGAGGUCCAUACAAAAAUGGUUUGUCGAGAUCGGUGUGGAAGAACUUGACCGGCCUGCACAGAGCCCUGACCUCAACCCCAUCUAACACCUUUGGGAUGAAUUGGAACGCCGACGGCAAGCCAGGCCUAUUCGCCAAACAUCAGUGCCCGACCUCACUAAUGCUCUUGUGGCUGAAUGGAAGCAAGUCCCCACAGCAAUGUUCCAACAUCUAGUGGAAAGCCUUCCCAGAAGAAUGGAGGCUGUUAUAGCAGCAAAGGGGGGACCAACUCCAUAUUAAUGCCCAUGAAUUUGGAAUGAGAUGCAGGUGUCCACAUACUUUUGGUCAAAUCUAGAAAUCUAGAAAAUAACUAGAUAAAGGUUAAAGUAACCUUUCGAGGAAGUAUCGGGCCACUAGGGCCGUCAUGAGUACAGGACAUCCUAACACCAGGGAGGGUGUGUGUGUGUGUGUGAAGCUAAGAUGUUUACAAUAGGAAUUAAAACAUGACCCUCAUAUAAAAAUCUUAAUUAAGUCCUAAUUUUUUUACAUUACAUUUUAGUCAUUUAGCAGACGCUCUUAUCCAGAGCGACUUACAGUUAGUGAGUGCAUACAUUAUUUUAUUUUUCAUACUAGCCACCCUUGGGAAUUGACCCCACAACCCUGGCGUUGCAAACGCCAUGCUCUACCAACUGAGCUACAUCCCUGCCGGCCAUUCCCUCCCCUACCCUGGACGACGCAGGGCCAAUUAUGCGCCGCCCCAUGGGUCUCCCGGUCACGGCCAGCUACGACAGAGCCUGGAUUCGAACCAGGAUCUCUAGUGGCACAGCUAGCCUUAGACCACUGCGCCACUCGGGAGACAAUGGCGCAGUGGUCUCCCGAGUGGCUGUAGGGUGCCUAAAGUAUGAAUCCAGAAGAGUUCUCUCUGGCAGAGUUUACAGCCGUCUCCUCCUCUUGGUGACACUUCCACCUUCUCAAUGCCCUGGAAUUGUAGAGAAGACACUGUGAGAGCACUGGACAAAGUGACAAGCAACAGACACACUGUGAGAGCACUGGACAAAGUGACAAGCAACAGACACACUGAGAGAGCACUGGACAAAGUGACAAGCAACAGACACACUGUGAGAACUGGACAAAGUGACAAGCAACAGACACACUGAGAGAGCACUGGACAAAGUGACAAGCAACAGACACACUGUGAGAGCACUGGACAAAGUGACAAGCAACAGACACACUGUGAGAGCACUGGACAAAGUGACAAGCAACAGACACACUGAGAUAGCACUGGACAAAGUGACAAGCAACAGACACACUGUGAGAGCACUAGACAAAGUGACAAGGAACAGAGUCAUUUUCAUCCUGGUGUCUUAUAGAACUCUUAUGUUCACUUAUUCUCUAUUUCAAGGUUCUGGAUGUCUUGCCCAUGUACAUGUUGUCACAAACACAGCGUAGGAUGUAAAUCACAUGUUUUGUAUUGAAUGUGAUCACGCCUUUAACACUAUCUUUUUUCAGACCUAGUGUGUCGGAACUCAGAGAUUUUUGUUGUGUUGCACUGAGCUCAAUUGCCACAGGGGUAGUUUCCAUCUCUCAGGGGAGUAAGGAGGGUUUGUUUAGAACCCGUGUUGAGGCUGGCAUGGACUACUUUACUGUGAAAAUUGGGGGCCCAUUUGUAGACGAAUAAGGGGGGGUCCUUGAAUUCCUGGCUGAGCGCCGGGUCUGAGUUGAGCGUAUGCCAGUGAAUGUAGUAAUGCAAGUAACAAACAACUCCUUAGAAGUUUUAAGACUUUUUUUUUUGUAUCCUGGUUGAGGUUUAGGGAGCGCAAUUUGGUAUGCCUCUUCCAAACACGGGGUGGAGUAACCCCUGUCCAGAAAACGUUGAAUGACACACACGUCUGAGCCUAUAGAACGGGCUCUUGGGCACUAGGUUGAGCGCUACUUGCAAGGAGAAAAGUGUUUCAGUCAGUCUCUUUCUGAUAUAGAGUGGUGAUAAGUUCCCCAUUAGAAAUGGACCCACUUAUGGUCAUAUUCAAUAGAGAACUUCAGGUCAGUCUUCAUACUGUUAAAAAAAGGAAGUGAAUUCAUGGAGUUCUUGUUCAGUGCCAAUCCACACACAUAGAAUAUCAGCAAUAUACCUAAACCAUUGGAGAGUCUUGGAGAAGUAAGGGUUCCUGGUCUCAUCACAGAUAAACUUUUGCUCAAAAUAGCCCACAUAAACAUUAGCAUAAUUAGGGGCAACGGUGGAGCCCAUAGCAACUCCACUAACUUGAAGGAAAAAGCGUUUUUCAAAGGCAAAGUAGUUGAGCUUGAGAACUAGAGAAGCCAAUUAACAGAUGAAUUCACUAGGUGGUGACAUUUCUCUGUCACGGUCCUGUAGGUAAUAUCCCAGUGCAUCUAGGCCUUUUUCAUGAGAGAUGUUCAUGUAGAGGCUCUCUAGAUAAUAAUAAUAAAUAAUAUGCCAUUUAGCAGACACUUUUAUCCAAAGCAACUUAGUCAUGCGUGCAUAAAUUUUUUUUCUUUGUAUGGGUGGUCCCGGGGAUCGAACCCACUACCUUGGCGUUACAAGCGCCGUGCUCUACCAGCUGAGCUACAGAGGACCACAACUGUAGCCAAUAUGUUGUCAGGGAGAUUAGAUAGUUCUGAUAUUUUAUUAAACACAUCUGUAGAAAAACUUCAGAUGUGAAAUAGGGUCUAAACUACAACAUAUGCGAAUGACAAAAAUCUGAGUUUACAAAUUUUUUGAUAAUUGACAUUAAAGGUUUAACAAUUAUUUAUUUUUUUUUAUAAAGAUAUAAUAAAAUAGUUUGACCACUGUUUGUAAGCUUUUAAAUGAUAUCAAACUCAACCGUUUAUCUUUUCCAGUAAUGAAGACAUUGAUGUCUCGUGGUGUGGUAUGCAAAAUGGGUCAACUUUGAGGACCUUUAUCUCCUAAAUGUUAUGGCAUUCAGGUCCAAAAAGUCCCUUUCUGACCACUUCUUCCAUGUUUGUUUUUUUUAUCAAAAGGGAUGCUGUCAAAAAGAGACUGAAUUCAAAUGGAUUUACCCUGUUGCUAAAUGAGGAUGUGUGUUCUAGAAGUUUCUGUCUCUCAUUCUCUUUGUCAGAGGAGUGUUCCGUUUGCAGUGAUCGGCAGUAACAUGAUGGUGGAUGUUAAUGGUCGGUGGAUCCGCGCCCGUCUCUACCCCUGGGGCGUGGUGGAAGGUGCAGAACAAACACACACAUACAGACACACACACACGAACAUGCACAGACUCACACACCUUAUAAGUGAACUUCAGAUAAGUGUACUGUACACUCCAUUUAAAUGUAUUGCAGUUCACUGUUGUGUCUUGUUGUGCUGUCAGUGGAGAACCCGUAUCACAGUGACUUUGUCCACCUGAGGAACAUGUUGGUGAGGACUCAUAUGCAGGACCUGAAGGACAUGACCCAUGACACACACUACGAGAGUUACAGAGCACAGUUGCUGUGCAAGAGCCAACACACUGACGUGGUAGGGACACACAUACACGAAAGAGAGAAUUGUCCUUGUGCGUAUGAUUUUGGUAAAUUUUUUGUUGGUUGAUGAAAUAAUAUUCAUCAUAUUAAAUAUGUGAAUGUAAGUUAUUCAUUGAAUAUAAUAAGACUUUAUUGCCAAUGAAUAAGUCAAAUCUCCAUUAACUUCAUUCUCUUUUAGGAUUAUGACUUCUGCCACACCACAAUCUAA